CUUGUUUUCUACGUGUCGUGUAGUGUUUACAUAUAAUCAAAUUAAGAUUUUCUGUAACUUAUUUGUGUUUUUAAAAAGAUAAUCACUGGCGUAAUGAAAAAAGGGACAGAUACCAUCCUCCCAUGGCGCCCAUGGUGAGACCCGACAACAUUGUGUCACCCUAAACCCAUUUCGUAAUUUGGUUUUUUUUCUUUGAUUCCCGUUUUCUAAAUGUAAGUUUACACAAAAUAUCGCCCGUUUUACGCGAAAACUUCACUAAAUAUACAAAAACUCGUCCCUCGAUGUAGAUAAUUAUUAUGAAUUUGUCGCGAAAUUAUCUAUCGUUAAAAAAUCAUAACAGUAAAGUAAAUUUUUAUCUAGCUAGUUGUCUGUGAUCGUUACUCAUUUGGUCUAAAGUUGUAGGAGGUAUCAAAAUUAGAAAGCCAAAAUGGAUUCCCAACAGUACUGCCUCAGGUGGAACAAUCACUUGAAAAAUUUGACAGAUGUGCUCACUGACUUUUUAAGGGAACAAGUACUAUGUGAUGUAACAUUAGCAAGUAAUGGACAAGUUUUUCAGGCCCAUCAGAUAGUCCUUUCAGCAUGCUCCCCAUACUUCGAAACGCUUUUUAUUCAAACGCCUCACAAGCACCCAAUAGUUUUUUUAAAGGACGUGAGUCCGAACGAAGUCAAGGCGUUAUUAGACUUCAUGUACAAAGGGGAGGUGAACGUCUCUCAAAAUUUAUUGCCGGCGUUUCUAAAAACCGCAGAAAGCUUACAAAUCCGAGGCCUGUCAGAUAGUAAUAAUUUAAAUAGUCAGACAGAUGAUAGAGAAAUGGAAAACAGGCCUCCACAAGUGAGGAGGGAGCGAGAGGUACAGAGGCAAGGUAGAGAUAGCCCAUCGUUGAAGAGGAAACGGACAGCAUCGAAUAACAACUGUGAUAAUACAUCGAAUUCUGUUGAUCGGAAUGCCUCAGACUCACAGGUUUUUGUGUCCGAUUCGCCGGUAGAUAGAGAUCGCGCCGACCGGGGUCGCCCAGAGCGCGACUCGGGUGGGACGCCCUCUAUAAAGGCUGAGCCAAAUGAUCUUAAUCCGGUAGAAUCGUAUCAUUCUAUGUCAGAAGCAUUACAAACUGGCGGCAGCGUGAGCGUGCUUCAAGAAGAAGGCCGGCUGUCGCUGGGCAGUCAGCCGGACCUAUCUGAUAACAACGACCUGUCGAAUCUGGCACCACCUGACAUUACAGACACAGUAGAUGGUUCAAAAACCUGGCACAUGCGGCUAACCUUUGACAAGUUGCCGGGCGGUUGUAACCUGCACCGCUGCAAACUUUGUGGGAAAAUAGUGACGCACAUCAGAAACCACUAUCACGUGCACUUCCCCGGCAGAUUCGAGUGCCCCCUAUGCAGAGCCACCUACACUAGGAGCGACAACCUGCGCACUCACUGCAAAUUUAAACACCCCCGGUAUAAUCCGGAUACCAGGAAGUUCGACGGGGGCGGCGGCGGUGGCGGCGCCACCGGCAACAACGCGAACGCCCCCUCGAUGCUUGGGCAACAGCCAACGUUGGCGAACGCUGACGUUUCGGCCGACUGAUUUUGGCUGUACUACUAUUUCUACUAUCGGGCGAUGUGCGAUUCUUAGCGGUAGUGACAGGGCAGGUCGGUCGCGUACGAUUGCAGUUUAGGGAUGAUCGAUUAAAUUUCCUUUUGACAUGAACUUCAGAUAUACCUACAAAACACACAAUAUCCUAUUUAUUCUCUCGAUGAGGCGGUUUUUUGUAGGCUGAUGAUUUUUUUUUUAAAUCGACAACUGCAGUAGAGGUCUAGCAACUUUUAGGUAAGAUAUAUCUUAUCGGGUAUUCAAAAAAAGAAAUACUUCUGUUUAAUGGAACGUCAGGGUAGAACAUUUAGUCAUAUUUAUAAUAUCUAAGAUGCCCUAUCUAAUAAGAUGAGUUGGACGACCGUUAACCUUUUAAAAAAAAAAAUUAAAAAUUAACCAUCAUAAGACUAGAUAUUCCAGAAAUUUUAAAAAAUUUUAAAAUAAGUGAGACUGUAGGAUAUAUUCCGGGGAAGAGGAAGGUAAAGACAAUAUGUAAUAGAGUAAGACAGAUGUUGAUUGAAUGAAACUCAACUACAUUGUUAAAAUAUCAUCAAGUCCGAUAUUUCCAUUGCGUACUUUCCUGAAACAUCACAAUGUGGGGGCUGUUCACUGAUGUUCAGAAAAAUAAAAUAUAUUCUAUAUUAUUUCUUUGAUCUUUUAACCAUGGUUUUUUGCCAUGAAAUUAGGAGACUGGAGGUAAAGUGACUUACGCCAAAUGAGGUGACUCGUACGCAAAAUUGAACGAUUACUGGGUAUUUUUGUAAUUUGUAUUACUGUUUCGCAGCAACUAUUAAAAGGUGAGUCGAGCCAAUCAGAUUAAGGUAGACCAACAGAGCUGAUGUAGCUCUUUUCUGAAACUAGUUAUCGUUCAUUUUUAGGUAUGCAUGUUUAGCGUAGAGAUCAGUCUUCUUACCUGCGAUCUCCUUGCAUGACAGCCUCCAGAACUGUGACCUAAAUACUGACAUAUCUUUUUCCUAGUUUUAUUACUAUUGAUAUAAUAUUCCAACAAAAUUUAAUCCAGCUGUUAUUAUCACCAUCAGUAUUUGGAUUUUGGAAAAUUUCGAUUAGGCUUUUUAUUUAUUUAUUUCCUGUGUAGUGUCCCAUUAUAAGAUCCAUAAACAUAAUUUAAAUUUUUGAAAUAAGAAUUCUAAUAACAGAAACCGAAAAUCCAUCAAAAAAAGGCUGAAAAAUAUGUACAGACAAACUUUUAAUUAUAAAAUGUAAGGAAUUUAUUCAUCUUAAAAUCGUUAUGCUAUAUACAAAUUCACAUCCUGGGAAGGUGUACUAAAAAAAUGUAAAUCAAACAAUCAUAAAAAAGGAAAUAAGUCUUGCCAUAAUGUAGGUUUGCUAGAAAUUAAAAUAAAGAGUGUUCAACAUUCAAACUUUAUAUACUUCUGAUGUAUUUCUUUGUUGUCAUUUUAUUCGUGCCAAUGCUAAGAUUCAUUGGCUCUCGGAUUUUAGCAGAGGUGCUCAACAAAAUGACAUUGAAGAGAUUUAUUAGUUCCUAAAACUUUUAAUUGAUUUUUUUACUCUUUGGUGAAAAAGACUGUAGUAAAAUGGUUAAUGAAUAAGUUAGUACAUCUUGUAAUUUAUCGGAAUGGUUUAGCCUGUCACGAAGAAAUACUUCGAAAUUUGUAAAUAAUAACAGUAACAGUUUAGUUCGUAUAUUUUCUGGGCAUUCGUAUUAAAUUUACUUAUUUUUAAGUUUUCAUAAUAUUCUUUAGCAAACAUCCAGUAAAUCUCAAAAGAUUUGCUUAUUUUUAUUUUUUCAUAUGAUUCGUUUACAAACAUCCAAUAAAUGUUAAAAACUUUUUAUAAAAUAUUAAGUAAUAUUUAUAUGGGCUAAGCUUUAAUAAUAGAAACUGUUUCUGUAAUCUGAAAAACAGGUGGACUCAUAAAACUCAAAAUAAUAUCAUCCUAAGUAUUAUUAAUAAAUAUUACAGCCCUUGCAGAAAAUCAAGUUUAUCCACCCUCUGAGAAAGGUUAAAAACAAUCUUUGGUAUCUUAAAUAAACUCAAAGGUUUAUUCAACUAUUUUGGAAAACACCAUAAGUUUGAAACUUAUUGGUAUGAUCGUUCUUAAAAUAAUAGUAUUUCUUUGUUGUCAUUUUAUUUAUGGUUAUGCUAAGAUUCAUUGGCUCUCGAAUUUUAGCAGAAGCGCUCAACAAAAUGACAUAGAGGAGAUUUAUUUAUUAUUAUUUGUUAAAACUUACUAAUAAUUAAAAAUAAGUCAGAUGUAGGUAUAUUUUUUUUGAGUUUCUGCUUAAGUCAACCAGUUUAAAGAAAAACUCCACAUAAUUUGAAAAACAUUUGAGGUGUUAUCAUUAAUAGUAUAAUUUUUCUAGUAUAAUGACCUCAAUCCCAGCAAUAUUCGAAUUUUCCAUCAUCUUAAAGUCCUGGAAGGCUUCUUUUUAUGAAUUCCUUGGUGACGUCUGUUUCUUUUCGUGCAACAGCACUGAAAUCCUUUUUUAAUUCAGAUUUAACUUUGGGGAACACAAAAGUCACAUGAUACAAAGUCCGGCAAAUAGUAAGUAAAGUUGGGAUAUUGAAUUUAAAUAGAAACUCCCUGGUGAACAAUAGCCCGAAUCAACCCCACCUGCAGCUGAUUUUAUCCCUUUGAAAGCUGUUUUGCUUAUAAAAUUGGGUCGCAAAUCGUGGAAAUGUUAUGCACCAUUUUAGCAUGUACUUUUUGUAAGUUAAGAAGGUUUUGUGAAAAAAAUGUUUUAUUUUCUAAUUCCUACAGUUUCACUUAUGACGCGCGCAAAAUUAAAGGUCGGUUUGUGAUCCGUAUGGUCAAUCAUCAUCUAUAUUCUCUUGGUCUAUAGAAUUGUUUGAUUAUUUUAUAGUCACUCUUUGUAUUGGAAACUUUUUACUAUUUUAGGUUAGUAAAUUACACAAUGGUUUGCUAAUCGGAAAUCUGUUCCUGAAUUCUGAAUUUAACCAAGUUAUUGUUUCUUUAUGUCUAUUUUUAUGGUCUUGCUAAUAUCGCUUGCUCUUAGAUUUUAACAAAGGUAUCUAAAAAAUGUCAAUAUAUAGAUUAUUAUUUUGUUAUCACUUAGUAAAAGUGACAUUAAUUUCAGGAUUAAUAUAUUAAAACCAAAUAAAUUUACUUUUUAUUUAUUUUUUAUUAAUUUACAAGUAAUAUGGUGCCGAAAAAAUGCAUUUAAUAAAGAAUGAGAAUCAACAAAUGACAAUCAUUUUAAUAUUAUGUUCAUUGGUCUGCGUUUAUUUCUUUGUUGUCAUUUUACUCAUAUUUAUGUAGAAAUUGACUGGCUCUCGAAUUUUCGCAAUGGUACUAAACAAAAUGACAAAGAAGAGAUUUAUCUAUACGUUUUAGUAAAACAUUUAAUAAAGGUUCAAGGAAUGCUUAAAACGUGAAUUUUAUGAUUUUUUGGUGAGAAUAAGAGUAAAAAAUGCUAACAACUUUAAAAAGUCUUCGAAUUUUACGAAAAAAAAAUUAAAUUAUUGUGUUAAUUUUUAUAAAGCUUAUGUAAAUAUUAUUUCUUCAUUUAAGUUUUUUAGAUAGUAUUGUUUAAAUCAUUGGCUCUCAAAUUUAAACCUAACGAAAUGGAUGUUAGUAGAGAUUUAUUGCUCUUAAUUUCAUUAUAAAAUUAUACAUUAUAUAUCUUGAGAAUAUUACACAUACGGUUGUUAAAAAAAUUAUAUAAUUAGGAUUACUGAGCACAUUCAAAUAUUUAUUAAAAAAGGUACUUAUCUCAAAGCUGUAAAAAACCCAUUGCUUCAUAACAUUCGAAUUUAUCAAUUAAAAUGUGUAUAUUUUUCAGAUUUUAAUUGUAUUGUACUACCUAUUUUAAUACUAAAAUAAUUCUCAAAAACCGGAGAAUUUGAUUAUUUUCAAAGAGAUAUGGUUAUCUUUUUUGACGUCAUUUUGAAGAUCUUACCCUGCCCUUUUUAUCACAUUCAAAAACACUUAUAUCUGAAGAUCAUGUAAAAGUUGUUUAUCCCCAAACUGCAACCAAAAAAGACUAUCUAGCCCUUAGUUUUUAUACCUUUUUGUACUAUAUAUGUUUUCUCAAUGGUUGGUUGACUCUUUAAAAAGGUUUUAUACAUCUGUCAGUUAUUGGCACCUGUACAAAAUCUAACAAAUAAUAUAUUUAUUAGAAAAAAGUAUAUAAUAUAUAUUUAUACUUUAUAAAUAAACUGGUAUACAGAGAUAUAUGAAUAUAAAAAAUCUCCGAUAUUGCAAUAAGAAACUACUCUAUUCUAGUCUAUACACAAUCAUUUAUAUUUACUGUUACUCUUGUUUGUUUCAUUAUUGUAGCUUACACAAAGCGUUGAUUAUAUUUUGUUCAUGUAUAAAGUAUUUCAUUCAUAUCGGAUAAAAUAUUUUAUAUCGAACGACCUCUUGUACAUUUUUCUCUGGCCAAAUUGGGAGUUAAGUGCUUUAAAAAUGAUGUCUGACAUCUCUAAAUAGGUUGUUAUAAUUAUAUAUUGUUUUUUUUUUAAAGCUAAAAUUGUAAUAUAUAAAAUGCCGGUUUUGCGUGAAACAAAACUUAUAUUUUUGAGCAAUAAAACAUGAUAGUUAUAAUAUAGUAAACACUGUACAGAUUUUAUAAUUACGAUGUAAAGAAAAGUGAAAUCUGUGAUGCCUUUUCGAACGUUUUAUUAUGGCUUUAAUAUCUUAGUUAUCUUUCUUAAUUUUCCAUGGUAAUGGAAGAUAAUAGUUGAGAACUUCUAUUAUAAAUCGUUCAUUUUAUUGUUCACGUUUGCCCGUCCGAGUAAAAAAGAUAAUUUUAUCGUAUAGUAUAUUUUAUGGACUGUCUAUAAUCGAACAAAAGCGGUGCAUUAUGAUAAAAAAAUACCCAUGUAUGUCUGUAAUUUUAGAUUUUUAACAUCAUGUUUAUCGGUUGUAUUUAGGAGAGUAAAAUCCUCAGUCAAUUUUAAAGUUAAAAUAAUGUAAAUUUUCAGAAAGUAGGAUUUUACUGUUCCUAAAAAAAUGCCAAAACUCAAAAUAUUUACUUUAAUGUGACUGCAAUCACACCUUUUUAAUCGUUUAGAAACUACGUCAAUUUUAUUAUAAGUACUACUAAACCCAUUGAAUUAGUAGUAACUAGAGAUAGUAAGAACGUUAAAUUGCAUUUGCCAAUUUUAUUUGGGAAAAUUGCAAAUAAUUUGAAAAGGUUCGUUAUUAAAAACCUUUGUUCAACACGAUGCAAAGUAUCAUUCUCAGCGGCCUUUUUAGUCUAAGAUUCGAUAUGAACCAUUCUUCACCUAUAUCUGUUUAUGAUGAGAUUAUUGUCAAUGGUGCCUUAAUUAUUUUUAAAUUCUACUUCAUUGCUUCUCUUUACGAAUUUAACACCAAUUAAAACUAUAACAUAUUAAGAUGAGUUGUCCAAUUUUUUUAAUUCUUAUUAGCGGAUUGUCAGAUGCUGUGAUGCAAAGUGUGAUUUUGCUUUCUUAUUGAAAAAUUUGUAUCAAAAUAAAGAUAAUUUUUGGCUGCUUACGAAAAAUCUUUCACCUAUAUGAUAAUAGCUAUACCUAUCUCCAUUAGACGCAAGGUUAUUUUUCCCUCUUAUUUACGAAAUUAAUCAAAAGGUCUUAUUUCUUGAUAAUAAAAAAUUAAGGUAUUAGUUCCAAAAAGAUUUAUUCUAUCAAAUGCGCUUGGCCCAGUUAUUCUUGGGGAGUUUCGAUAAUUACUCGGUAAGAAAUUAAGAAUGAAUUAGUUACUAACUUAUUAGUUUUGAGAAUCAAUUAAGCAAAGUUUCCAUUAUUUUGUGUAAAAAUCAUUAAGUCUCUAGUGGAGGAUAAAUCUUAUGUCAAGGACUUGAUCAUUAGUGCCUUAAAGAAAAAAGAAUUUCUAACAAACAAAAAUCCAUGAUUUUUUUUAUUGAACAUCUUAGCUCUGAUGAAUACAUUAAGAAAACCUUGAAAAAAAUAGAGUAUUUAGAAACAUCUUUAAAUCAAUUUCUCGUAUCUUGAAAGAUAAUUUUCUAUUCCAAGUAGCUGAAUUUCUCAUUUUUCCUAGACAAUGAAAUUAGUCUUAAUUCUCUCAGGCAGCCGAAAUAAUCUUUUUAUUUCUUUAAUAUAGUUUAAGGCAUUUGUUUAUUGUUUUUGUUUGUAUAUAAAUGACUAAGUUGUUGGAAAAAAUGGAAAAAUAAUUCCUUAACUGCCUCGAAGUAAAUAAACCAAAAAAUUAAAAAUUACCAAAUUUCAAAUUACCUUCCAUCAAAUCUUCAAUUACUUUGAAACCAAAAUAAUAUUGCAAAUACUAUGUGUAAAAAUUAACUUGUGUCGUCUGCAAAUUUUAAAAUACGAAGUAAAUAAAAUACAAUUCUAUAGAUUUUUUUUACUAAAAAAAAGUUUAUUUUGAGCCCGUCACUCAAAUCUGUAAAUAUCUUAAAUCCCCUCUAUCCGUGGCUGGUAAUUUGCAUAUAAACAAGGAGAAAUUGAACUUGUAUGUUCUUAAGUUCUAAUAGAGUCUUUUAAUGAUAUUGAAAUUGAUAUUUUAAUUGAUUUUUGCCAAGUAGUUGAAAGUUCUUUUCCAGGACAUAAAUGCCUUAAGUUCUACGGAAAAUAUUUAAAAUGCUCUUAACUGAAAGAAAUCGUGAUCUGCCAUUUUUUAGCAUUUUUCGGAGGUAAUUAAGUGAUUAUUAUAAUAGUUGAAACAAUCUCUUGAUUGCUUUCAUGUAGCUAAAAGUAGUUUAAUUAUUUAUUAACUUUUUCAAGAUAUAAAUGAUCUUAAUCAACUGCUUGGAAGAAAUAAGCAAUUGUUUAUUUGAAACAAUUUUAAAAUUUCGUUUAAAUAGUUGAAUUCUUUAUUCUUUCCGGCAAUUGGAUAUCUUAAUUUUUUUUAUGGCCCCUUAUCUUGUAAUGAAGCCCUUGUCUCAUAAAUCCGCUAAAAACCCUUGAAAAAAGUACAAAUCAGUAUAAACUUCUAUUACAGGAAGUUUACUAUAGAAUCAUUUGACAACCCGUUAAUAAGAACUAUGUAGUUUUCUUUUUAAUAUCUACAAUAUUUUAAAUUAAUUAUAAAAAUGUUUUUAAAUUGUUUUAUUCUCGUAAGCAGAUGGUGAAGAAUGACUACAUCAGAUCAUGUACUAUUUUAGAUAGAAAAAUUUUCUUAUUCUUAAAAACUACGCCCGAGUGUGGCACCUUUAUCUAAACUCUAUUUUUCAGUUUCAAUUAUGACAGUGCAAUAAUAAGUUGUUAUGAUAUGUUCUAUUUAUUUAUCAUUUUUACAUAAUUUUUAUUUUGUUUUUACUAUAUUGUACAUAAGAUAUUUCUUGACAUAUAAUGAUUAUUAGUGUUUUUUUUUCAAUUAUAUAUUACAUUAUGGUAAGCUAAAGUCAAUUCUAUAUUUUUAUUAUCUUAGUAACUAAUUGAUAAAAUCCAAAUUUACAACAACAAAAACCCUAUUGGCAAUUUUUUUUUUAAAUUUUAAGACGGUAAGCGUUAAGAGAAUGUGAUAUAAGAAAGUUGUUGGUGCUACAAGCAACCUAUUUUUUGCAAUAUUAUGUAUUAACUUGUUUGUUUAUUUAAUUCAAUCUUUACGGUUAAACAUUUAAAUGAUUAAAAUUGAGCAGAUUUUAAUAUUUCCGAAAAUUAACAUUUUUUUUUUAAAUUGAAUUCACUAAAGUUCAACAAAAAAAGGGUUGCAAAACUUUUGAUAUAAGCGUUUUAUAAUGUACGAUUUUCGUGGUUUAAAGUACCUAAUAUUUCUGUAGGUAGUUUUUUGAAAAUUAUAUAUACGUCAUGCUUUUAAGGGUUCGAAAAUCUGUUAUGAAAUAACAUUGUGAAUAUACUGUAAAAAUAUACUAAUAGGUAAAUAUUUAAACGAGAAAUUCAUAUAUAUUUAAGAGUAUACAAAUUAAGUCAAUUAACGAUUUGUUGCUCAUUAAUUUUUUAAUGAAUUAACUGACAUUAAUAUAGUGUAAUCGAUUAAAUUUUAUAUAAAUAUUUUAUUGUUUGAAAUUUAUAUCUUGCCUGGAAGGUAGAUGAAAUAUUUGUUUUUAGAUCUGUAGGUUGUUUAUUAUUCUGGAUAUGAACAUUUUUCGGGACGAAGAUAGCUUGGUAAAUUUAUUAUCUUAUGAUAUUUUAAUAAAUGCCUUCGAUUUUGAAUGUUAAUUUUUAGGUACCAUUUCAUUCAGCAAUUAAUAUUUCUUAUCCACUGCAGUUAAGAAGAACGUUUAAACUAAACAAAUUAUGGUAUUUUUUUGUCCAUAGAAUUUAAAAUUAUAUACGUUGUAGAUCUGGGCUGUUAGAUGAAGGCCAAAUUAUAAACAAAUUAGCUUUCACUUUAAUAAAGAAAGAUGCAUGCAAUGUUAGACAUUCACGUAAAAACAAUAUUAUGUUAAAAACUGUGAGAAAGCUUAAGAUCAGCUUUACAGACCGUCAAAGAAGAAUGGAUAUGAUGAGUAAAGUCCUCCCACCCACUGAUUAUUAUUCUACACCUAUCCAAAGAAGACUUCCCUAUAAUCAUUUUCCUCUUACCCUCUUACAUACAAUAGCACACAUAUUAGGUUCUAAGCAACAGGAAAGAAAAGGUGAUGAGAAUAUUUCCUUUCUCUAUUGGUGCUCUAAAUAUGCGUCGUUUAAAAUGGAAAACACACACACACAAGAGAAAAAACUACUGGUCAAGAAAGAUACUUGAUAAUCCAAAAAAUAUGCUGCAAUAAUAGAGUUAGAACAUAUAUGUGAAAAUCUCCUCGCCCUACCAUCGUUUUGUAAUAAUAGUGAUAUUUCUUUUGUGAAAAUGGUGUAUUCUUACAGGAACUCGUGUUAGCAAAUUGCAAAAUAAGUAUAAAUCACAGAUUGCUUCUGUAAGUGACCCAAGUAAUAGCGUGAAAUUUUUGAUUUUUUGCAGUACUCAAAUGCAAUCUUACAUGAAAACCAAAACGAUUUAGUGUGGUCUAUGAUUCUACACUCCAACAAAAGGUGUUUAAUCUAGCUCUUUCACUUCAGUGUAGUCUCUGAUUCCAGGUUCAUAGAUAAGGUUCCAGAAAUAGUUAUGAUAUACUAGAUGCUUUAUCAGCGGCUACAUUGACCUUCGCUCCUGCGUGUCCUGGAAAUUAGUUUACUUUUGGUACUACUUAGCAUCUUUCUAAUAUUGCGUUCAGUGCUACAAAAUUUCUAUUCUUCACAGGCCAUUAGUCUAUUAUGAUCAGUCGUUAGGAAAGAAAGUAGCCCUUUCCUUUGUCCAGUAGUCCCUUUAGCUCUGCAACACUCAAAUCUUACUUUACUUCAGUAUUUUUUAUGCCAAACUUCGGUACCGACAGCUCAAAGAAACAAUAAUCUCAAGAAUACUGAUGUUGCUGCUAAAAACAUUUAUCUAUUACAUCCUACGGAAGGUCUAAGAGCACCAUCCUGGUACUCUUAGACCUUCUUAGUCCAAUAAAAGAUUGCUACUUCCAUAAUAUUUCGAUAUUGCUAAAUAUAUUUUAUAUAAAUGUUGAGAAAUCUAUGAAGCAUACGAAUUCGUAAGAUUACUUAAAUAAUUGAUUUUUGCACCAAUGACAAGACCAUGGCAACACAGCUUUGCGUACAAGCCUAUUCUCAUCAACGACCAGUAGGCUCAGAGCGUGCAGGCAGCGUGCUAGCGUUGUUGCCAUACAAUGUAUUUUACUCAAUAGUUUAAUUAUUCGACCUACAGAUCGACCAGUUAAUGCCAAAACCAACAUUGUUAUAAUGUUACAAACAAUCUAUAAGUCCUUCCACAGCAAUUUAGUGGUAUAUAUUUAUCUAUUUAAACAACUUGCGCCUAAAUAGCUGUGAAAAGAAUCUUACCAAAUUGGGUGUUAUCAAAACGCCUUCAUAAUUCAAAAUUUUGCAUUUUCGGCAGCAAAAAAAUUUGACUUUUCACUUUUGUGCCAACUAUACUAUACCCCAAAACAACUAAAAUAAUGCUCAUAAUAAAUAACUCGAGGUUUUUAUUUAAAACCCAUUGUUGUUUUCCAGAAUUAUGUUUGUUUAGCAAAAAGGCGUUAAAGAAAAAUGGGAUUUUUAAAGAAUUACAGGAAUCCUCCUAGUGAAAAAUACGGGUAAAAAAGUUUAUUGAGAGGUAUAGAGAUUUUUUGCUAGACAAAUUAAUGGAGAUCUUUAUUAUUUUUAUUAUUAUAAUUAUUAUUAUUAUUAUUAUUAUAUUGAAUGCUUCUUAACACAAAUCUACUUUCUAAACUUUAUUAUUAAGAAUUAUUACUCUUUGUUACUUAAAAUGAGUUAAGUUUAUAUUUAGCGUUUGAAUUUAUAAUAUUGAAUCAUAUUAUAUUUAAGAAUAACGAAUAUUUGAUUUCUUUUGAAGCAUUUAUUGUGUAUUUUAUUAUUUUUUAUUAAAAAUGGUGUGUUUCAAAAA